ACUUGACCGAGUCGAUACUAUCCGGUUGUGAAAACAUAGAUUCUAAUCAGCCCAAGCAGGACUGCACACAAAAGGGCAGCAAAGUCAGAAUUGGGGUACCAAAGGUCAGCAAUACCAGCAGAAAGAAAAGGAAAAUGGCGUCGUCGAAGGGGAUCGGAAUCGGAGGAGGCGCCGGCGGGCCAAAAACCACCGCACCGGUGACGACGGAGUUAGAUAAGUUAAGCAUGGAGCAGUUAAGAGCCGUAAAAGAACAGGCCGAUCUCGAAGUCAAUCUUCUCCAAGACAGCCUUAGCAACAUCCGCACUGCCACUGCUCGUCUCGACAUCGCCUCAAAUGCUCUGAAUGACCUCUCCCUCCGGCCCCAAGGGAAGAAAAUGCUGGUGCCUUUGACGGCAUCGCUUUAUGUUCCGGGAACACUGGAUGAUGCUGACAAGGUGCUUGUGGACGUUGGCACUGGAUAUUUCAUUGAGAAAACAAUGGUGGAAGGAAAAGAUUAUUGUGAGCGAAAGAUUAACUUGCUAAAGUCCAACUAUGAUCAGCUUCUUGAGGUGGCUACUAAGAAGAAAAGUAUAGCUGAUGAGGUUGGAAUUGUCUUACAGGCCAAGUUGAGGCAACUCGCGCCAUCACAAUAGGAAAUUAUCGACUUUUGUAAUAUCCAGUAUCAGACUGUGCAUCAUAAACCUUUAUGUUGACUUGCUAACUUCAUAAACUAGUUUAGGUUUUCCUUGUUCAAUUGGCGGAAUGGGCUUGUGCAGAGUUAGUUGAAAAGCAUAUCUUAGUGCAGGUCAUUGUUGAGAUUGAAGUGAGUGGAGUUAAAAGCUGACAUUUUAGCGGAACAUAAAAAAUAUCUAAAGUUUAUUGUAUUUAACUUUAAUAUUAGUGUUAUUACUGCUAUUCUUUUGGUUGUUUUCAAGUUAAAA